CCGUGUGUCCACCGCGCUGCAUCUCGGGAGGUGUAGUUCUGCCAGGAGCAGCGGGCCUGCGCUGGUGCCCGCCUCGAGCGGCUGAAAAGACUACUGGCAGGCCGAGCGCGGGCCUUGCGUGUGUCUGUGCUCGAGCACAGUGGGCUGCAGCAUGAAGAGGCGAGCAGGGGCGAGAGAGAAAGAAGCCAAGAAACGAAAGCUUCUUGAAGAACUUGGAGAGACUUGGCUUCCAUAUCUGACACCUAAAGAUGCUGAAUUUCACCAAGUGUGGAAGACCAAAUAUUCCAAACUCCUCCUCAAGAAAGCUGAUAACAUACCCAAAGAACUUCAUCAUGUAGUGCAAGAAGCCUUUGUGACCUUGCAAAAACAUGAUUGUUUUUUCCAAGAUCUUGUUAGAAUCAAAGGAAAAGAUUUUUUUACACCGGUAUCUCGUAUAUUAAUUGGAAACCCAGGAUACACAUACAAAUACUUGAACACAAGACUAUUUACUGUUCCAUGGCCUAUGGAUGAUUUUGAAAUAAAAUAUUGCCAUCCUGAACUAUUUACUGCUUGUAAAGCAUUAAUCAAACUGAAUGACUACUUGAAUAUAGAAGCAGUUCAGGCGUUGCAAGAACAAAAUUUAUUUGAGACCAAAGAAACUGAUGAUACUGCUGUCACAGAUAGAGAACAGGAUUUUGCUUUUAUUAAGGGUAAGGGAUCCCUCUUAGAAGAUCAAAGCACUCUUCAUACACCAAGGAAUUCUUGCACCAGUCUGAAGUACAGAACAUCUUAUAACUUGACUUUAUUAAAUUAUAUGGAUCCUCUACAAAUGCCAUACUUGAAACAAGAGCCUUAUUUUGGAAUGGGGAAUAUGGCAGUGAGCUGGCACCAUGAUGAGAAUCUGGUUGAAAGAUCAACAGUCGCUGUGUACAAUUACAGCUGUGAAGGUUCUGCAAGCGAUAAAGUUAAUGAACAGGAUAUGGAAGGGAGAGACCCAGCUGACUGGCAUGUAGGCCUGAAGGUGGCGUGGGACAUAAAGACACCUGGACUGGCAAUACCUCUUCACCCUGGAGACUGCUAUUUUAUGCUGGAUGAUCUGAAUAUGACACAUCAGCAUUGUGUUCUGGCUGGUUUGCAGCCUCGUUUCAGCUCUACCCACAGAGUGGCAGAGUGCUCAACAGGAACACUGGAAUAUAUUUUUGGACAGUGUGAGGUUGCACUUCAGAAUUUACAGGCUGAUUCUGAUUCAGCAGCUUUAUCUUUGAAAUCACUGGAAGUCCAAGUUGUAAAGGAAGUGGAAGGAAUCCAUAACGAGGUUGAGUUUGAGUGGCUUAGGCAGUUUUGGUUUCAAGGCAAACGCUAUAUGAAGUGCACUGGUUGGUGGUCUGAGCCAAUGGCUAAAUUGGAAGAGUUUUGGAAAAAAAUGGAGUUUAUGACAAGCCUAGUGCUCUGUGAAGUUGGAAAAGACGAACGAACCAGGGAACAAAGGAAUGAAAUCAUCAGCUGCUUCUUUCCACUUCUUACUGAGCGACAGGAGCUUCGCAAAGAAUGGGCAGCAAGGAGUGGAAGCAUUGGAGGUUAUCAAAGAAGAAAGUAGGUUUCCUUGACCCUCAUCUACAGUUCACAAUUGAUUAACAGAGACGAAAGAAAGAAAGAAAGAAAGAAAGAAAGAAAGAAAAGUUAAUAUUAGUCAAAAAACAUGAUUACACUGCAUUAGCCUUUUGUUAAAUUGUUAGGUCAUGAUAAACUAAUAAAUGCCUUCUUAUAGCUUUACAAAUGAUUUUGAGAUGGUGGGAGUCUACACUAAAUUACAGUUCAAUUUUACAGUACCUAUUUCUUAUUGAUGUGGUGUGUGUGGAAAUAAUUUUGUGCUCUCUAAUAACCUGUAGCUUUACAAGUAUUCAGAAAUCAGCUAGGGAAGUUAAGUAAUAGAAGUAGAAAUAGAAUAGAAAUAGAAAGAAUUCACUUUAGCCUUACCCUUAAAAUGAAGUACCUCUUACUUUUGGCUUGGCCAAAAUUCAUUAAAAUAUUUAUGAUAAUCUCAUGUCUAUGUAUUUUUUUAAUCCAAGAUUUUUUUCUAAUUGUAAGGAUCUAUUCCCUUUGCUACUAAAUGAAGAUACCACAAAAAACUAAACUAAUAAAAAGUAAUAUUUCUAUUUUAAAAUACUGUAAUGUAUCAUUUAUAAUUAUACAUUGCAUAUACUUUAUAAUUUUAUAAUACCCAGAGACACUAGGAUCUCUCUUUGUGUAGAAGCAUAUGAAUGAAAAUUCUCUAGAAAGUUUUUCCCCAUUGUCAUGAGGCUGUCCAAAUUAGAUAAAAUCAUCUACUAGCAAGAAAAUGUCUAAUCUGUGUUGUUAUGAUUCUGACUAAUAAAACUAAAAGAAACAAUAAAGUCAAGAUGCUUCAUUUUAAACAAAGAUAAUGUCUAGACACAUGUUUUCAUCUGAGAAGCUGAAUUUCCCCAAAGUGCAUGGUACUGCCAUUAAGAUAAAUGCCAGGUGCCAAAUUCAGUUUGGGUCUGAACUUCUUCAAAAUAUGCAGAUGUUCAAUUUUUGGAGUUUUGUUUCAGGCCCAUCUCUGAUUUUGAAAACCUUACUUUGUUCCCAGUCUUGUCCAUGUGGACAAUGACACCAAUAGUGAAUUCCAUUCAAGUCCACACAAGCAUCCACAAGCAGAUUCCUAUGCAGUAAGAUCUAUGCUCUCAACAGCACUUCAGUUUUUCUUCUUAGUGUUGAUACAGUGUUUUCUCUCCCUUCCAGCACACACUUUGAUGCUUUCCUUGCCCUUCUUCUCCAUUUCCUGUUGUUUUUGUGUCUGAGGCCAGGUUCUCACAGAUUAGCCCUUUAUUAAAUUAAAAGGUGCAUGUAGCUUCAUUAUCCUUCUCAGUGUGUUGUAGUUGAUACUGUUUAUUUUACCAACUUCAGAGCUUUUUUGCUUCAGGCAAAGCAACUACUACACAUUGUCAGAUAAAGUACCUUAUCUGUCAGUAGCACUCUUGUGAAUUAAUCAUAAUUCAAUAGGUUUACUAAUCAAGAUUUGAGAUGAAUGUUUUGAUAGAGCAAUCAGAUUUGUCUAAUCUAUCAUUAGCUGACAGUUGCUUUAGGCAGAGUGCUAACUUGGCAUUAGUACCUGGUUUUGAUCUGUUUGGCAUGGCCCCACUAGGCAGUAGCAUCAGAUAUUACAGCAAAGGAUCUUUGCACAUAUAAUACUUAAAAGUCCUUUUGCAGUUUCUGGACUAAUUGGGUGGACCAUAGUUGAGACAAACUAUUCCUGCCCACCCUGUAGUGCAUUAUCAACACAUUUUUGAACAAGGAGUUCGCUCUAUAAUUUUCUUAACUAACAGAGGUACUCAGGGCUUGUUGACAAAUCAGAGACAUGAUUUAUGGCAACAUAUGCAAGCUUUGCUCAGAGCUGAAAGGGUCACUGGGAUAGAAAGGAGAUAAACUUAAUAUAUUGUUAAGCGUUACUAAUUAUGAAUCCAGUCACGUCUGAUGUCACUAAAAUUUGUUCUCAAUUUUGCCUAGUUAUACAUUCUUGGGGUAAUUUACAGCAUAGCUCGCAGCAGUUUGUUCAAUUUGAAAGCAUAAAUGAAAGCUUUCAUUGUAUAUUGACAUAUUUUUCUUGUUAAGCAAUGUUUAAAGUACUGAUACAAGAUGCUGUAAUAGUGGGUUAGACUGCAAGUGCAAGUUUGGUACAUUGUAGUCAAUAAUAGAUUAGAGUGGGAAAAUGAAGGAUAAAAUUGAUGUGUUGUAAGUAGAGUCCUGUCUCAGUGUAGGAGGAAAAAAAACAUGAAGCAAAAUGUCCAAAUUCAGGCGCUUUCCCUUUUGGUCAUAUAUCUGUGCUACAGAAGAAAUGCCCGUAUGGGCCCAUAUUCAUACACUGCCCCAGUAUAUAUUCCUUCUCUCAUUAGUUGUAUAUUCAGGACACAUAGCAUCCACGUGUUAAGCACAUCACUGAUGAGAAGUCCCAUACUAGAAUGCCCCCCUCUUCAGAGAGCCUUUGGCAUAUGGGUGAAAUACAACCCUGUGCAAUGUCUAAGGACUAUGUGUAACUUGAGUCCCACUUCAGUCCGCCACACAGGCUUUAUGCUGGAGUAGUUCUCAAGCCUCAUUGGACCGCAACUCUCUUCUGACAACAAAAAUUAGGACACAAUCCUUGAGCCCAACUUUCAGAACCAGAUAGGUGGGGUGGGGAUAACAGAGACAAAGGCUUGGCUUCAGCCCCAGGCAAGAAGCACUUCGGCCUGGGGUUCAGGCCUGGGUUGGGGGCUUUGGCUUGAGCUUCAACCCCAGGCCCGAACAAGUUUAAUGCCAGCCAUGGUGACGCCAUUAAAAUGAGGUUUGAGAACCACUAUAUGGACGUUAAAACUGUAGGAGCAGGAUGCAGAAGCUGUACCCUUUGGAUUCUCUCCUAGCCACCCUGAAAUGGAUUGGAUACAUAACAGAUUUAAUAACACACCUCUUUUAUCUAAGGGUAUGUCUACAUUGCCCGCUUAUUUCAAAAUA